UUUUUCAUCACCACCCACAUGGUACAGAACAGGAAUUACAACAGUGGAACAACCACAUACAGUGAUGCAUUUAUAUGUGUGUAUAUGGGCAUACAUACACACAUGGAACAUGCAUGCAUACUGUAUUAUGUUAAGGAGCAGGAACAGCGGGCUUGGGAUGCUGCUGCUGUCUCAAUUUUGUCUGUGUCGUUGGGUUGUUUUCUUCCUGGCUUACCUGCACAGCAGGGCCGGAAACUUUCUCAUAUAAAAAGUUGUGCCGCUGGAAGGAACAUCGCCCGAUCCGACUUGGCUCCCAUGAAGUCGUCUCGGCCAGCAAAAGCCGUGUCGGUGGGGUCUCACUUUGUAUGUAUGAUCACUGUUCUUCUUGUCUUGUACAGUGAAAAACUAUAUGUUUACCCACAAAAUGCCAACAUUGAAUCACAUUGGAGCAGUACUACCAAGAUUGACCUCGGCGGAUCGUUUUAGUUCGCUUUAGAGGUCAUUUGGCAGUCGAAACUGAAUGUUUCAUGAGUCUCUGUUAAAGA